AUGGGGGGAUGUUGUUGCAAGGGUUUGUCCAGAUCUACGGCCCUGCAACCUGAGCAACCCUUCGACCACAAGGUGUAUUAUGAGAGCUUCACAAGACAGGACAGGGUCAAGGUCUGGGAAUCUGUUUUAAAGGAAGGAGGGCAAGAGAUCAUGCGCUUCAAUGAGGUCGAGGACGUCCGGGUGUAUAACACUGGGUCGGCUGACUACACCAGAGUUGGCGUGUUGGUUCUUACCGAGCUGUAUUUGUGGUGGCAUGCUCCUCCUACCUUCCCAAGCACCACAGCAGGGCAGCCAAAGACCUCCAAACGUGCAAGGCGGCUGGCUGGGAGUGCCAUCGUAAUUGGCUAUGGCAUGAUAGAGGAGGUGGGCAUCGUUUGUUUUGAUGCUGGUGGAUGUGCUGUCCGCAUCGUGGCCAGAGAGGCUUACGGCGAUCAGUUCGAGAUGAUUCUCCAGGUCCUGCAGCCAGCGGAGACCGUUCCGGCGUUCACCACAGCCAUUCCGGAGGAAUCGGGCCCGGAAGGAAGCGAAGCCUGGCAUCAGACGCUGGCGAGUUUCCUAGACAAAGCGCUGAAGGCCUACAACUGGGCCCACUACUUUCUGCACUGCGCCCUCCGCCAGCGAGACUUGUUCGCCCACAAGGGAGUGAGCCAGCCCGAGCUGAAUCUCCUCCCGAACGAAGAGGUUGCGGAGACUUACCACGGAAUCUUGAACUUCGGGGCCUCCCAAGAGGACCUUGUUGGCCACUUGAUCGUCACAAACAUUCGAGUGAUCUGGGCCCUUGAUCGAGACCGAAUGACGUACAACGUCAGCGUGCCGCACAGGGCACACGUCCCUUCAUUGACGGACACGCAGACGUUCGGGCUCUGCUUGGUGCUUCACAUCACUCAGCCCUUCCUCAACAAUCCCGACCACUUCGGCGGCAUGCGCCUGGGGUUCGGAGCAGCUGAGAUGAAGGGCGAGGAGCGCCGAAAGCGACUGGAGAAGAUCCUGGCCCACAUCGUAGAGAUGCAAGGUAAGUAUAUGCCGGAUCCGCGGUAUGGUGUUGCCGACUACAUGCGAAAUCGUCGCCAGUACCAGGUGGAGUCCAAUGUGCGAUUGCUUCAUGCGCUGAGCCAUCUCGAUACGCUCAGCGAGAACACAAGGCCAGACAGCAUCGAGGCGAGCCUGCAAGGCGAAGUGAGUGAGUGUGUCAUCUGCCUGGAGCAGGUUUGCAGUGGGUCCCGCCUUGCUUACCUGCUUGCAGCCGGCAAGCUGGGCUGGGCGUGCCGACACAUCUUCCACUUAGAGUGUGCGCAACAGUUGGCGUCGCGCAAGUGUCCAGUCUGCCGGGCAUGCUUCAGUGAGGUGCGGGAGAUGCCCGACAUACGUCACAAUCCUGGUGCCUGGUUUGAUGCGAUGGACAUUGACCGCACUGGAGAUCUGGACCUCGAAGAGGUGCUCGGGGCGCUGUCCGUGGUGCUUCCCAUCGAUCGCGAAAAGCUGGAGACCCUUCUCAAACCGGACGACAACCACUUGCCGCAGGAUGAAGCAUCAAAGUGCAAGGGAGUGAAUGAUGCCGUCGCGCAAGAAAGUGACAACACUCAGAUCACUGCCUCGGACGACGAGAUGAUUCAAAUCAGUGAUUCUCCCCUUCCAGCGGCCCAGCUGCAGUCGUCCGAGCUCUGGCGUCAGUGGGACAAAGAAGGUACCGGCCGAAUCACCCGAAAGGCUUUCGAGGAUCCAGAUGGUGGACUCUUGGUCUGGAUUCUCGCUCGUUUGAAGCUCGUGCACCGUGGUCAGAGACCUCAACCUUGCCUGGCAGCGGCCGCAAGCUCUGAAGCUCUCGGCCGGUGGUUCGACUUCUGGGACUGGAGUCAGGUGGGCUUCCUAACCCGCGGGCAGAUCACCCGCGCGGUCGCAAAAGAGUUUGAAGGCCGUCUGGCCGACAUGAGAUGUCUGGACUUGGUGCAAGAGGUGUGGAAGUCAAUUACCGAGGAGGCGAUGUCAAAGCCAGUGACUCCUCGCUCAACAGUUCCGACACCGUCUCAUGUUCCAGACGAAGAACCAGGCAGUCCUACUUCAGGACACAAAAGCCAGGAUCACCUGGUGCUGGCUUAUCCCGAUCCUUGGAAUUUGCGAGAAGGCAAGUCUUUGUCAACAGGACAUCACAUGCCUGUUGUGAGUGAGACUUGCCAUGCAAGACAAGAUGUACAUGCCGACGCAUUCAGGUUCUUUAGGGAUACGGCCGAGUGA